AUGGCUGAGGGCGAUAAGAAGAAGGUUGCCCGUAAACAUUGCAGCCGUAACCCUGUGCUGGUCAGGGGCAUCGGCCGCUAUUCCCGCUCUGCCAUGUACGCUCGGCGAGCCAUGUACAAGAAGAAGACUAAAGCUCCUGUGACGAAGGUUGAAAAGAAAAUAAAGGAAAAGGCACCCAGCACCGUCAUCAAGACUGUCGGUGGAGAUAAAAAUGGAGGCAACCGUGUUGUCAAACUGCGCAAAAUGCCCCGUUACUACCCCACAGAAGAUGUGCGCCGUAAGCUGCGGAGUCAUGGCAUCAAGCCCUUCUGUCAGCACCGGAGGAAACUGCGCAAAUCCAUCACCCCUGGAACGGUCCUGAUCCUGCUGACCGGACGCCACCGUGGAAAGCGUGUGGUCUUCCUCAAGCAGCUGGACAGCGGCCUCCUCCUCGUCACCGGUCCUCUGGCUGUGAACCGAGUGCCUCUGCGUAGAGCUCACCAGAAGUUCUGCAUUGCCACAAACACCAAGGUGGACAUCUCUGGCGUCAAGAUCCCCAGAACGCUGACCGAUGCUUACUUUAAGAAGAAGAAGCUGAGGAAACCCAAGCACCAGGAGGGUGAAAUCUUUGACACAGAGAAGGAGAAGUACCAGUUGACGGAGCAGCGCAAGACAGACCAGAAGGCAGUGGAUUCUCAGCUGCUUCCUCUGAUCAAGCAGGUUCCUCACCUCAGGGAAUACCUGCACUCCACAUUCUCCCUAACUAAUGGAGUCUAUCCACACAAACUGGUUUUCUAAAAUGCAAAUAAAACCUCAUCCCAGAUCA